AUGCCUUCGAUGCGUUACCUCUUUAUAGUUUCUGUUUCUUGCGUAAUCAUUUUUAUUGUGUUCUACGUGCUCAGUUUUGGGGGAGAGCAAAGCUUCCAGAGGCUGAAUAACUCAGACACUUUGAUGCUGACUCAAGUUUGCGCAUCCUUUGUCAGAGACAAAACGCCUUUCCUGUGGAGAAACAAACUGAUAAUGUACGAGAAGUCUUCUUGCAAGGAUUACCUGACCCAAAGCCACUACAUCACGGCCCCUUUAUCUAAAGAAGAAGCUGAAUUUCCUUUGGCAUAUAUGAUGGCCAUCCAUCACAAUUUCGAUACCUUUGCAAGGCUCUUUAGAGCUAUUUACAUGCCUCAGAAUGUCUACUGUGUUCAUGUGGAUGAAAAGGCGACCGUUGAAUUUAAAGAUUCAGUGGAGCAAUUACUGAGCUGCUUCCCAAAUGCUUUCCUGGCUUCCAAGAUGGAGCCAGUUGUCUAUGGGGGGAUCUCCAGGCUCCAGGCUGACCUGAACUGCAUCAAAGACCUUGCGGCGUCCAAGGUACCAUGGAAGUACGCCAUCAACACGUGCGGGCAAGACUUCCCCCUGAAAACCAACAAGGAGAUAGUUCGGUAUCUGAAAGGCUUUAAAGGGAAAAACAUUACCCCGGGGGUGCUGCCCCCAGCUCACGCUAUUGGACGGACUAAAUACGUCCACCGGGAGCACCUGGGCAAAGAGCUUUCCUAUGUGAUCAGAACCUCAGCGCUGAAACAACCUCCUCCCCAUAACCUCACCAUUUACUUUGGCUCUGCCUAUGUUGCUCUAUCCAGAGAGUUCACCGACUUUGUCCUCCACGACCCACGGGCUGUUGACUUGCUCCACUGGUCCAAAGACACUUUCAGCCCUGAUGAACAUUUCUGGGUGACGCUCAAUAGGAUCCCAGGUAUGUGUGGUUCCGUGUUUCACAUGACGUCAACGUGCUGUACUUGGAAAGGCUUCUCCAGAGCCUGCUCCUUUUUAGUGGAUGUAGAAGAUGAAAAGUGA